UAUCGCUGGUAAUAUCCACACUGUUCCCCAUUCUUGCAUAUUUACUUGCUUGGAUAGCCUACUUUGGCUACCCUUUUGUGUGAAUUACGGUCAUCUGGCUAUAGGUGGCAGCAUGGAAUAUCUAAAAGAGAAUUUGUGACGCGUAAUGUGCGAGACGUUCAAACGCAAGCAGGAAUAUACGUCGAUGUAAAUAAUGCGUUCAGUUAUUCAUACUGCCACGAGGUUUUCUGCUGCCUUCUUCUCUUCACAGUUCUCUCGGAAAAGCACGUCUUUAUUUUCAGCUGCUUCCAUUCAUUUGAGAAAAAUGGCGCAUUACCUUACAGAGCUGAGAGGACGACCAAACGCUACUGACUACAGGGUUUACUUGAAAACCUCAGAUGGAAAGUACAUAUCCCCUUUCCAUGACAUUCCUCUGUAUGUUGCUGAUGAACAGGAAUGUGGUGUUCCACCAAAGAAGUUUAAAACGAAUGAGAUAUUGUUUAAUAUGGUUGUAGAAGUACCUCGUUGGUCAAAUGCCAAGAUGGAGAUAGCAACAAAGGAACCACUAAACCCAAUCAAGCAAGAUGUGAAGAAAGGCAAGCUGCGAUAUGUUGCUAACAUUUUUCCACACAAAGGUUACAUUUGGAACUAUGGUGCACUUCCACAGACAUGGGAAGAUCCCAGCCAUACUGACAAGGCAACCAUGUGCUGUGGAGACAAUGACCCCAUAGACGUGUGUGAGAUUGGCUCCAAGGUGUGUGUAACAGGGCAGGUGAUUCAGGUUAAAGUUCUUGGAAUUCUGGCUUUGAUAGAUGAAGGAGAGACUGACUGGAAGGUAAUAGCCAUCAAUAAAGAGGACCCUGAUGCAUCAAGCCUUAACAGUGUUGAGGAUGUGAGAAAGAUUAAGCCUGGUCACCUUGAGGCUACUGUGGAUUGGUUUAAAAAAUAUAAAGUGCCAGAUGGGAAGCCUGAGAACCAGUUUGCCUUCAAUGGACAGUUCAAGGAUAAGGACUUUGCUAUAGAAGUCAUAAAAUCAACACACAGCUACUGGAAAGCAUUAGUGAUGAGAAAAAAGAUGAAAAGUGAUGAGAUUGUUUGUCAAAACACUUCCUUAUGUGAGAGUCCAUUCAAAUGCAGUGAUGCAGAGGCCAGUACUGUAGUUGAAGCUGCUGCGGAAUAUGGGGAACCCCUCCCAGUACCAUCUGAAGUGGACAAAUGGCACUUCUUCACAAAGUAAAAGAUCAUUAACUCUUUGCAGUGUGAUCUCGGAAGAAGGUAGAAAAGGCCAGAAGAAUGCCAGAAGUCAGUAAUGUCCCUGGUGCAAAGAUUUUUGUUUUAUUAAUGUUUUAUUUUUUUUUAAAACAUUGCUUUAUUUAUUAGAACAAGACACACACACACACACCCCUCUCAUUCAUGUGGUGAAAUGACCAAGUUAUUUUUGCAGUAACAUUGGUGAACAUGUUUCUGUACUUAAAAUGCAUGUGUUUCAGUGCCAAAGAUCAUGUUCAUACUUUAAAGGUUGAGUAGUUAAUCUCUAAAACCAGAUUUUUUUUUUUUCUUCUUCAAACUUUUACAGUGCCUUUUCGUGUGUGUGUGUGUGUGUGUGUUUUGUUUAUUUCUAUUUAUACACCUAUUCUGACAAGUCCUUUAGGAACAAGUGAACAAGUUUAAGCUUAGGUACAAGGUUAAGAAAACUUUGGUUUGUAAUUACUGCCAUUAGGAAUCAAUAUACAUUGGGUAUUAGGACAAGAAGAGUUCGUCUUCGCAAGAUGACCAAGAAAUCAAACUGUAGCAAGAAUGUGAAGUUCCGUGCCUGAUGUAAAAAAUAAAUAAUACUCUACUUCU